AUGUAUCUCUUUACCAUAGGUCCUCAUGUGUUUAGUUCCAAGAGUCUCGCCCUUCAAGCCCAGAAGAAGAUCCUGAGCAAGAUAGCCAGCAAAACUGUGGCCAGCAUGCUGAUUGAUGACACCAGCAGUGAGAUCUUUGAUGAGCUGUACAAAGUCACGGAAGAACACACCCACAACAAGAAGGAGGCCCACAAGAUCAUGAAGGAUGCAAUCAAGGUGGCAAUCAAAAUUGGCAUUCUCUACCGGAACAAACAGUUCAGUCAAGAGGAGGUUGUAAUUGUGGAGAAACUCCGGAAGAAACUGAACCAGACCGCCAUGACCAUGGUCAGCUUCUAUGAAGUAGAGUACACCUUUGAUACGAAUGUGCUCUCUAAGCUUCUUCAUGAGUGCAAGGACCUCAUACAUGAACUGGUACAGCGACACUUGACACCCAGAACCCAUGGACGCAUAAACCAUGUCUUCAACCACUUCGCUGAUGUGGACUUCCUUUCCACUCUCUAUGGUCCACAUGGAAACUGCAGGCCCAAUCUCAAGAGGAUUUGCGAAGGAAUCAAUAAAUUGUUAGAGGACAAGAUCCUCUGAACAGCU